AACACACAAUUAUAAUGGUCAUAUAAUUGGCUUAGAUUUACAUUUUAAACACAACUCUAUUCGUAUUCUUCAAAUUUACCUUUCUACUUCAGAGAAAAAACAAUUACAUGCCAAAAUUCAAGAACAAAUUAUUUUACUCUGUAAUAAUUCUAACUAUCAACUCAUAAUACUCAGUGAUUUCAACAGUGUUCCAAAUCCUCACCAAGAUAGAAAUCCUUCAAAAAACACCUCUAUUCCAGAAUCUCAAAUCCUCAAAUGCUUAAUUAGUCAUCAAUUUAAAGAUAUAUAUCGAUUUUUCUUUCCUACAACAUUAAAUUUUACAUUCUCUUGCUCAACUUAUAAUAGCAGAAUUGACCAAAUAUGA